AUGUGCAUAAAGAUAACAAUAUAUAUGCUUAUGUGCACUGCCGCCUGUUUUUGCGCGAGUGAGGGUUUGACAUUAUCUGGGCCUACUUACGUAGAAAAUCAUGAACAGAAAUACAAUAUAAGAAAAACAACACAUAAAUCAUUCUUAGGCAGUAAGAUCAAGUACGACGUGGGUGAGAAUUUGUUUUAUAAUAAAAUAGAAAAUGCACCAGUCCAAGUAGAACAAAAGAAUAUACCCUUUCUCCAGCUUAAAAUGAAGUGCUUAAAAAUAAUUAAUACUAUCCGGAAUAGCAAGACCUAUCUAGUAGCAAUCAUAGCUACAAGCAGCAUCUUUACUCUUUUCAUGGUUAUGUGCAUAGUUACAUACAUAAUGAGCAAGUGGCAUCUGCUGGCACUAAACGACUGCAAUAGCAUGAUAGAGAACAAUGCAUACACAUGCUAUAUACAGAAUGGAAGAUAUGUAGAAUUACUGAGCCCAAUAGGAUAUAACCAGAUAGACUACACCAAUGUAAAUAGUACUACUGCACUGCAGCCAGUGUGUGCAGCAACUGUUUCUACACACGCAGAAAAUGCAAACCAGAGCGUGCUGAGAGUAAUGGAGGAUUUGUGCUAUGUGACAACAAACAGAAUUCUUUUGCCAAUUUCUAGAUAUAUAAAGAAUAAUUUGACCCUAUCUGGAGAGUCGAUCCCAACAAGAAAAGAGAUCACUGACAUUGCCACUCUGCUUAAUUCAAGCAUACACAAUGAAAUGCCAAGCUCAUUUAAAAUUGCUCUAAAUUCAGUUGAUAUAACCCCAUACUAUGAAAUACUUGACAAUGAGUUUAUUCAUAACUCUCAAGCUUGCUGGUCUGGUAAUUAA